AUGGAAGAUUUAAAAAGGUUUCUUGUUGAGCUACCGCCGCACUUUUGCUACAAGGAUAAUAGACAAGUUAAGGUCAAUGUGUAUAAAGCCUUCUAUUGGGCUAUAACUGGUGAAGGCGAAUACUUUAGCGAGCUUUUCACCGGUAGUGCCGAGGAUCACGCCGAAAUUUUGGGUGGCUUCAAAUGGAAUCCAACCGAACAUCUAUCGAAGAAGCCGUUUUUCGUGAAUACUGGAACCGGAGAGUACAGCCAUCCGAAACAGCAGAUCUGUGGCUACACUCUCAAAGAAGGUGAUGCCAUUUACAGAUGCGCAGAAUGUGGUUAUGAUGACACAUGCGUCAUCUGUGGUCACUGCUUCAAUAAGGAAGAUCACGUUCACCACAAUGUUUCCCUAUAUUACGCUGGAUCUGGCAACGAGGGCAUGUGUGAUUGUGGUGACGACACCGCAUUCAAGGGUCAGCUUGAUUGUGCGUGUCAAGGCACUUUGGAUGUUGAGACAAACUUUAGAGGGUACAUCCAUGAUGCGCUUCAUACCGCUUUCGAUUAUGUGCUCGACGUGACGAACUUUUCCAUCUCCACUCUUCCAUUUGUGCAUGACAAUCUUGAAAACCGUGGUCAACGAGUGUUUGAUACGCGUCAAUUAUCCGACUUUGGUGCGUUACCGUUCCAUAAGUAUGGGUCAGUUGAUGAGAAUACAUAUGACUCCUGGUAUCUCGUCCUAUGGAAUGAUGAAAACCACAACUACGAUGAAGCUCAAACUGCUAUUCGAGCAGCAACGGGGCUUCCUAUUUCAGCUGCAGAGAAAAUUGCACGGCUUAUAAAUGCAUCAGGCCGAGCAGUGCUAAAGGAAGAAACCGAACCUAGGGCAUUGUUAAGCUCACAAAAGCUGGCCGAGGCAGAUGGGUUGGUCUGCACAAUCAUGUCACGGCGUGAUUAUGUUCGUGAAAUGAUUGUUGGAGCAAUCUUGAACUGGGUUUGUGACAUCAUCACAUUCUCUUCCAACAGUGCCUUCCGUGAGGAAUGCAAAAAGCAGCUCGGCAUAUUGCUACUCAAGCCCAGCUAUGAGUUCUCCAAAUCUUUAUCUUCAGAGAUGUUUCCGAGUUCAAUCACACAGUUAGCAGAUCAGUGCUUCAGAAGUGGUCUUGUGGUCGAUGGAGUUCUUGACGAUUUGUCUCCUCUUUCGAUAGUUAAACCUGAUUUUUCUUUAGAUCGACUGAUAGACCGGUUCGUCACACCAUACAAAGUUAAAAGGAGACACGAUUCUCGCCUCCAGUAUCUCUUAUACUUUGAGAUUCGAUUCCCACUCCGAACUAGAAAGCUUUGUCGAAAGAUAUUUCUCGCCUUGAUUGGAGGUGAACAAGCUUCGAAGGCUCAAUUUGCGGACCAAUAUAUCGAGGCGUACUCUCAGCUUUUAAUAAUCUCAGCCCUAUCAGAUAGGGAAGAGGCUUUAUCUUGCAUGGAUCAUAUCAGGGUUCAAUUGCUCACUUGCCCAAGAACCAAUGCGAGAGUCCUUGAGAAUAGAAGUUUAGGAAGGCUCUUAGGACCCGUUUGCUGGUUGAUUGAACACUUUGCCAGUCUAAAGAAUUCCACGAAUGGGCUUUUAAACAUAAAGGAGAUUGUCUACGAUGUGAGGAGCAAAAGAGAAAAGUCCUCAAUUGAAAAAGCAAUUGGCUCGUGCAUCAAUGAUAUUACCUAUAUAUUCGCCAAGAAUGAUUCCACGGACAUUUUAUCAUGCAUUUCGAGCGACGAUUCAUUUUAUUGGCUUCUCACAUUGAUGAAGUUCUACCAAGGUUCACUACCUAUUACGAGGAAGGUUGGCGAACAUGUUUCGCAGGAACUGUUGAAGGAUGUGCUCAUCUUUUUACAAAGAUCUGUUCCGAUAUAUUUCAUCACCAAAUGCGCUACACUCGCAGAUCCUUCAGUCGGAAUAUCGGAUGUGCUCAAGAAGUUUUUUGCACUUUAUAGCAAACACAUGGGAAGCACUUCCCGUAAACCCAGUUCAAAAGUCAGUGUGAACCCAAUUUCAUUGAUAAACCCAAUCAAUGCAUUUGCUUCCCGCUUGAUUCAAGCUACUCCUGUUAGCGACUUGGCGGAAACUAUCGGCUUUCAUGAAUUAGCCUUAUUGCACUUGACUGAUACCUCUUUGAAAAGCAUUGUCUUGAAUUCGCAAGUCAAAAUUGGUCUUUGGAUUAGGAAUGGCUCAUCGGUGUCUCGUCAGGCGUCAUAUUACAGCGAAUAUUCCUUGAAAGAGUUAUCCUACUUCAGGGACAUGCAAUAUAUUCAUGCUGCUGGUGUUUACUCGUUGGGUGAGUUAGCUUACUCCCGAGACUUGCACAUUUUACAAACUGCAUUGGUGUUUGCUAAUCCACGAGUUGUCCUCAAGAUGAUCAUUGACCUCUGGGAGUUAGAGGAAUGGUAUAGUGGGGAAGUAGGCUCUGAGCUAACUGUCUACGAAGAUCGAUUCAGCUACGCAUGUGAGCAGCUCAUCAAGGUAUUAUAUCACAUCUUUACCGACCGUUCGCUAUUUCAAACACAGCAUCUGGAAGGUCCAGAUAUGUUUGUCAGAAGAAUUUGUUACUCUCUCUGUGACAAACCAAAAUCAUUUAGUGAUUUGAUCACAGAGUUUGACGGAGAUGAUAUCGAUGUUGGUGACUUCGAAAUCCAUUUGCAAAAGUGUGCACUUUUGCAAAGUCCGUCAGGAAUAACUGACUCUGGAGUUUACAGACUCAAGCCUGAAUAUUAUGAGCAACUAGACCCACUAAGCUCGUGUGUUGAUCUGAGUAGGUUUGAGUCUGUUGCAGAGUCUUUAAUCAAAAACCUCUCUAAGUCGAGGAAGAUCAAGGAAAAUGAGGUUGUCCUUGAACCCAAGUUUGUUUCAGCUAGCUGCGGGCAAGUAAAUGAAAAAUUUCUGAGCUUUUUCACGACAAGGGAGUUUGCAAAACUCAUGUAUAAGCUCAUGCGAGAAUCGAUAGACUCAGGUCAGGAGAUUUACAUUCAACAGUUGUUACACUUUCUACACGCAAUCCUUGUGGAUGUACAGUCUAGUGAAACAAUGAAGAAACAUCUUGAUACUUACAUCGACAUACCCAUAUGCGAUCUUCUCCUUACCAUUGCUGAGUCAUCUAUGUCUAGUGCUGUGACAGUGAAGGCAGAUCAUUUGCUAACAAAGCUCAUAGAUAUGGAUGAUCGAACCUCCUCCCAAUUCCGGUGCACUGUUAUCUCCCUUCUACAGCAUCACGCAAUCAUGGCCUCCCAGCAUUUGGACAAAAUCGCUGAUCCUCACGAUAUUGCAGAAUCCUCAAUCUUCACUGAGGUCAUUAUGAAAUAUCUUAAUGGCUACGGACCUGCCCUAGACUAUAUUCAAAAAGGUUACGUGAAGCUAAUUGUUGCUCUGAGUUUCGAGUUGAUGAAUAUCAUUAAGUCCAAUUCUUUUGACUUUGCCAAACUUCAGACUUUCUCCAAGAGUUACGAUGAUCACAUUGAAGAUGAUUUUCGAACCUACUUUGGAAACCUCUUCGAAAGUUUCAAAGAUGGGAUCAUUACCGAACACGUCGAGCGAGAGAAACUUGAGAAAUUUUUCCUCGAUUCGUUGACACAAAUCGCAGCUGUCUACUUGCGGCAGUGCACAAUUUUCUGGGAUCUCCUCACUGCUAUCCAGUCAGAGAACGGUUACGAAACGAGUGAAAAGAUAAGGAAGUUAAAUGUGGAGUUAGACAAAGCUGAAGAAAAUUCUGUCUUUGAUGUCUUAUUUAAACUCAUCAAGUACUAA